AUGCGAAUUUCUUACGUGAAAUUUCAACUAUUCUAUAUAUUAUCGAGCUCAUUAAUAUUUGGCAAAUCAGAAGAUUUUCAAAGCGAUGACAGUGGCGGAGUGGAAAUCGUCGAGAUUCGGAAUGAUGCGAUUCGUAUUCGAUGGAAUUUCAAGGAUGAUGAUUUCGGAAUAAUGUCGGCUAGAAACGCGACAAUUACCAAACAAAGGCUUGUUGUUACGGUCAUGAGAAGCUCUCAGCAAACGGAAAAAUCGUCACAAGCAAUUAUAGUUGAGCCGCAUAUACGCGAAUACGUUUUUCUCGAUCUCGCCGGAAACACUACAUAUCGUUGUUCAGUGGAAGCAUUUCAAAAUGAUACAAGUCUUUGGUACGCAAGCAAUAUGGCAACGACUAGUUUAGCAUCACUAAGUUGGCUUCCUGCUCCAACUGAUUUGACUUUGAAUGAUCGCAAGAGCAAUUCGCUCGAAAUUUCAUGGAUUCCGCCGGUUGUUUUAGAAGCAGGCCAUCAUUUGGUAAUCACACAACAUGUGGUGAACAUUUACGAUCUACUUGGAGAUGUUUCUACGAAACGAUCUAUCACAGUACCGAUUCCAAUUACUCGAUUGACAAUUGACAAUCUUAAACCAGCAUCGGCAUAUAACGUGACUGUUCAGGCUGGGACGAGUUAUGGCUACGGAAAACUCAUUUGGUGUGCUUUUGCGACUCUUGACAAUCAUGGCUCCAACAUUCUCAAACUUCGUGCUCGAACUCCCAACUCUCUAACAUUGUACUGGCCUGCAAAUUGGCUUCCAACGGCCAAUUCGAAAUUUACAAUAAAAGCGCGAACGAUACAUUCGCCUAGUGGAAUAUUUAAAGAAAUCGAGAACUCUGCGGUUGUCGAGCCGGGAAAACCCAACGAAUUUGUGAUUGAUAACUUAAUACCAUCGAGCACUUAUAACAUCAGUAUAACGACACUCGAAGAACGGCCAAAAAAUGAGAAAAAGUGGACGACGAUGAAAUACAAAUUUGGAUGGGCGGUGUUUUCAACGAUGUCACAGGGGCAUUAUAGUGUUGGAGAAGCUCGAAUUGUUGUCGAAACUGAUCACGCAGUUUCCAUUGUUUUUCAACCUUUGCGAUUGCCGAAUAAAGAGAUAUCGUACCAGAUCAAAUACACGUUGAAAGACAAGAAUGAGACAAGUUUCACUGAGGAGUUGGACGAUCAAAAAUUGAGAUGCCCAAAAUUCGAAUGCCAGUGGAAAUGCGCGCUUAUUUUUAAUCUACCCCAUCGAUCACGGGAAUACAAGUUUGAGAUUCGAGCAAAAGUGGAUAAUAUUUGGAAUCGUUGGUCUCCAGUGGUCAUACGGUAA